CACCAAGAAAUGACAUAGCAAUAUUAUGUCAUUUCUGGUGUCCAUUUCAAUAUUAUGUUAUUGAUGAUUUGGUCAAUUGGCCAAAUACAAAGCAAAGAAGCUCAAAGCUCUACAACGAUGCUCUUCACGACUUCACCGAACCAAACUCUAUAGUACAAUAUACAAAAGGCGCCAAAAACCAACAAUCAACAUUUCAUUACAAAAGUUUUGAAAUCAAACAACAAUCUUAGCUGAAAAAGCCUGAAACGAAACAAAACAAAACCACCAAAAUUCAAAACCUUGAGCAGCAACAAUGGAAGGCGGGAUGAUCUCAGUAGAUCGUUGGGCAAGAGGAAGCCAGGCUUACUUUCUUACGCAUCUUCACUCCGAUCAUACGCGCGGCCUCUCGUCGACAUGGUCGCACGGUCCGCUCUUCUGCUCUCGUACCACCGCCAAACUCUUCCCUCUCAAAUUCCCCGAUUUCAAAUUCGCUUUACUCCGUGUCGUCGAAAUCGGUUCUUGGCAUCAUCUUUCUCUCUCCUCUCCUUCCUCUGGAUCUCCUGCUCCUAUUCAUUUUAUGCCAAUUGAUGCUUUUCACUGUCCUGGGGCUGUAAUGUUUUUAUUUAAGGGGAUCUUCGGUCACGUUCUAUACACGGGGGAUUUCCGUUGGGAAGCAACUGGUGAGAGGUCAAUGAAAGCGAGGAACAUGCUUCUUGAUGCUCUCCAUGGUGCUAAAGUUGACCACCUUUACUUAGACAAUACCUACUGUAACCCUUUAUACUGUUUCCCUACACGAGAAGUUGCUGCUCAACAGGUUAUAGAGAUCAUUGCUUCACACCCAGACCAUGACAUCAUAAUUGGGAUUGACUCCCUGGGUAAAGAAGAUCUGUUGCUUCAAAUUUCACGUAGUCUGAAGAUUAAGAUCUGGGUGUGGCCAGAGCGGUUACAGACCAUGCAUCUUCUUGGUUACCCUGAUAUCUUCACAACCAGGACUUCCCUGACAAGAGUUCGAGCUGUUCCUCGUUACAGUUUCAGCAUGAACACCUUAGAGGCCUUAAACGCCAAAAGGCCGACUAUAGGAAUUAUGCCAUCUGGUCUUCCAUGGGUAGUGAAGCCCUUUGAGGGAAAAAUGAAAGACUCCCUUACUCUUUCAGUUGCUUCAACAAACAGGACACUUGCAGGCAAUGGGACUCGAGUUGACAGGAACAUGAAAUCUGCUGAGAAGGUCCAUGAUCACAUCUUUACAGUUCCUUAUUCUGACCACUGCUGCUUUCAUGAAAUAAAAGAUUUUGUUCAGCUAACCAAACCAUAUAAUGUGAAAGGCAUUGUGUCCAUGUCUUUCUGCUAUGUUAACCCUGCUUACUAUCUCAGUCACCUGUUUAGCUCAAACCAUUCAUCUCAGAAAACUCGUCUGGAUCCAGAAAUUCUUAUGGAAGUUGAAAAAGUUGAAAGGAAAGGAAAGAUGAAAAUCAGAGAUAUCAGAGGUACAGGGCUGAAAAAGAGGACCAAUAAGGCUAACUUUAUGGGGGUUCGAAUUCGUAGGGUGGCCAUACUGAGACAGAUAAGCCGUGGUGUAAAAAUUGUGGAAUGUGAUAGUCCUGACUGAUUAAAGUUCAGCGUUGGCCUUUGUGUUUACUGAUGAUACAGGACAAAAAGGAAGUUUAGCAUUGCAUCAAUUAAAUAGAAGAUGAUAUUAAAGGCCCUAGGAUUUCAUGGUUUUAAAACUUUGUACAGAAGUUCUAAUUUGGGAGAAAGCAGCUUGUUUAGAGGUUAUACUUGACGCUUUGCUGAAUAUAUCUGAGUUGGGUGGUUUCACUGUCCUGGAAUCAGAGUUUGAGAGGUAUAAGCAAGUUGAACAUCAAUUAUGUGAAUCAGAUAGUAUCCCUGGUAUGCUAUUUUAGCUUCCCAUGUUUUUUUUCACACUUCAAUUGCCUGGUCAGUGCUCACCCCUCCAAAAACAAAAGUGAAACUUAUUCCACUUUCUUUCUAUUUUAUGGUUCCUGAUUGAGCUGGUAGUAACGUAGUAUUAGUAUAGCAUACGUCAUAUGUCCCUAACAAACUUCAUCGUUGUUCCUUUUUAUUUUUUUUUUCUUUUUUUUAAAGUUGUACGAAUCUUUAAUCUCUGAUGGAAUAACUUAUACAUAUAUCCUUGACUGUGCUUAUCAAUCAUCCAUGAAGUUAGCACCUAAUCCCCCCUUUGUUCUUUGGGAGAGUUUUCCAUUUGUGACCAUGACAUUUUUAGAUAAUUCAUAUACGACUUACGUGAGAGCUCAAUACUUGAAUGUUUAGGUUACUCUGAAGACUAUCAACUGUAAGUCUACAGAUGAAUAAGAGAGUGAUGUUUAUGCUAAUGAAGAAAUGUGGAUUUUUUUUUUUUUUUUUUUUUUUUUUUGUGGGACAAUGGCUAAAAAAAAGGAAGAUUAAGAAUUGCUGGCUCAAGGAAUUGCUUGUAUUUUUUUUUCAUUUUUCAGCUCUCUUAAUAGUCCUUUAGUCUCACUCUCACAUUGCUCCAUUUGACUUUUUAUAAUCGAAGUUCAUCGAUCUUGACUGUAAUUUCUGUUUCUAUGAUAUAAAGAUAUACACAAUUGUAAUAUAUUGUAGAAAAUAUACUGGUAUAUAAUCAUGUGCGAUAUUGUUAUCUGUGUUUAAUUUGCAUUUUAAAAAUAUUAUGGUCAAAUAUGCAUUUUAGAGACCAUAAAAAUGGAAAUAGAGCAACUAAUUUGACUUGGUGUUAGAUUCGAACUAUUAGUCUAAGUAGGUUAAUCCCUAAUGACUAUUCUUAGUACUUAGUAGUCUAAGCCCAUGAUAGAGAAAGCAGUUUAUUCUUUCAAAUACUUUGAUCUAGGGUCGAUUUGAAGUUUUCCUAAACGUAUAAGAACAUUUUGAAAUAAAAUGAGUAAAGCUCAAAGUUUCAAGUAAUCUUGACAUAUUGUCAACAAGUAUUAUUGCCAAAAUGAGAGAUAGUUUAAGUGGUUAAAACUUCCUUCCGAUAUUAGGUGUUCAUGAGAUCGAUUCUCAUCACUUGCCCUUAUGGCUCUUUAAACACCCAAAAAUAAAAAAGUAUUACGGCCUAUAUUUCUUUUAACGUAAUUUUUUUACAUUUUGACUAUUCAUAACUUUUUUUAAUCAAUUGAUCAAGUUUUUAUACUUUGUAAAAAUUUAUAUAGGUUGAAAAAUUAAUGGUUAAAGUUUAACACUAACAUGAGUGUUCAUAUUAGGAAAAUUAGAACAGAUUUAGACUUCAACAACAAAACCAAAAGAAGACCCAAAAAAAAAAAAAA